UGCAGGAGAUGGAGAAUUUUCGCGAUUAAUGUGAUGCCCGUUAGAAACGGAGAACAUGUCUCUUUGAAUAUUGCGUUUUUGUACUAAGAAAUCAAUCUUUCUUCUAACUUGUUCUUCUUCUGUAGACCAACGUAAAAGUCCAUAGUCUUUCUCCUUUUCUCUCUCUCAGAGAAUAAGAGAAGCAACAAAUGAAUGUUUGAUAGUUGAUCAGAGAAAACUCUUGUUGGUUGCAGCCAAGAUGAUUAAAUGGCUGAAACAAGUGCAGUCUGUAUUUGGGACUUCAUUCUUAUGGCUUAUUUCCUUGGUUUACUUCACUCAGGGUUUCAGAUCAUUUGUAUGGACAGCAGUUUCUUACCAAUUGAAAGACGAGCUCAAGUUGUCACCCUCAGCCUCUCAGCUUGUCUUUUCUGUGGCAUUUUUCCCAUGGAGUAUAAAACCAGUAUAUGGGAUCUUGUCUGAUUGUAUUCCAAUUAGAGGGCAGAAGAGGGUUCCAUAUUUAGUCAUUUCAACUAUUCUCUCCCUCUUACCAUGGCUCAUUCUGGGCCUAAAGGAAUCUCUAAGGAGUUCAAGUGGACCCCUCAUGAUCUUAUUAACAGCACAAAAUCUAGGCUCAGCCAUGGCAGAUGUUGUGGUUGAUGCCAUGAUUGCCGAGGCAGUGCGAUCUGAAAGGGCUGCAUUUGCUGGAGAUCUCCAAUCAGUGUCAUGGUCGGCGAUGGCCUUGGGAGGAAUAUGUGGUAGUUUGCUUGGUGGAUACGCCUUAACCAAUUUACAGAUAGAUAUAAUUUUUCUUCUUUUUUCCGUACUCCCAGCCAUGCAACUUUUAUCGUGUGGUUUGGUCGAAGAAAGUACUUUAGGAAAUAAAGCACUACCAGAUCUUGCAAACUCUAUAAGCUCCCAUCUGGGUGAUCAAAAUGGUUUGGUUCCCGAAAAAGAUGUUUCCAAGGAGGUGCCAUCAAGGAACAAUUCUAUGAGAAGGAAAAAGAGUCAGAAGAACAACAAAGCAAGAACGGUCAUCACAAUCAAAUCUGAAUCUGUGGAAAAGAAACGUCCCCUUGUCAUGCAGUGGUUUUACUCUCUGAAAGCAGCUUUCUAUAGCCUGUGCAAGGCAUUCAAGCAGCCCGUUAUCCUCAGACCAAUGACUUGGUUUUUCUUAGCACAUAUUAUAAUUCCAAACCUCUCGACAGUUAUGUUCUAUUACCAGACCGAGUUCUUGAACUUGGACCCAUCAUUUUUGGGGACUGCGCGUGUUGUUGGUUGGUUAGGCCUAAUGCUUGGAACCUUCAUCUAUAAUCGCUACUUAAAACACAUGAAACUAAGAAGAAUCCUCACGUGGGCCCAACUUGGUCUAGCUACCUUGAGCAUCUUAGACAUUGUUUUGGUGUCUCGAUAUCACAUUGAGUUCGGCAUAUCAGAUAAACUUAUGGUUCUAUGUGGGUCUGCUCUAGCUGAUGCUAUCAAUCAACUCAAGUUUAUGCCAUUCUUGAUCCUUUCAGGACAGUUAUGCCCGCCUGGGAUUGAAGGUACUCUGUUUGCCCUUUUCAUGUCUAUAAACAACCUGGGUUCAACAAUAGGAUCGUUUGUAGGUGCUGGUUUAGCGUCUUUGCUGAACGUAUCAUCCGGUUCCUUCGAUAACCUUUUGUUGGGAAUAGUCAUUCAAGUUAUCUGCACUUUCAUUCCGAUCAUGUUCCUAUUUUUGAUACCCAAGGAAGCUACAGGAUUAGCAUCCUAACUACUAGUACAUUUGUAGUAGAGAAAAUGUUUCUUCUAUAUAUUUUUUUUCCCUGGAAGUAAAUUAUAGUUUUAGAUGGUCAGAAAUGAUUUUUGUACCAACCAUAUAUAUAUUUGGCUUAAUCAAACACAUUGGUUAACUAUACAGAGG